AUGAGCUUUGGAAAUACCUCAGAGUCGAGUGAGAGAAAUGCGGGUGCUUGGGUAACAAGGGACACUCCUCUAGCCGACAUUCUCUUAAACCUGACUCUUCAAAAUAUUCCUGAUCUAACUAAGGAAAUAGAUCUGGACUUGGCAAGUACAACUCCCUUUGCGACAGGAGGCUCCGCCGAUAUAUUUAGGGGACACUAUAAUGGAGAGUUGAUAGCCAUAAAAGUUCCAAGACUCGAUCAAAAGCAUCCAGAGGAUGAUGGGAGAAAAAUAGCCGCUCGCGGUGUAUACAACUGGAGUAAAUGCCGGCAUCCUAAUAUCCACCAAUUGCUUGGGUUUACUAUAUUUCACAGUAGGGUCGGGAUGGUUUCCCCUUACGAGAAAAAUGGGAAUUUUAGACAUUAUCUCGCCACCAAUACAACAUCGAUCCAAGAACGACUGGAUCUGAUAUGUAAAGGAGCGUCUUAUUUGCACCAGUCUAGAAUUGUCCAUGGUGACAUCAAAGGGAACAACGUCCUAAUAUCAGGAGAUGGGAUUGCGAUGUUGACUGACUUUGACAACGCCGAGCUCGAAGAGCAAUCGUUGAUUUUCACGCGAACUGGAAGGCUCGUAUUAUCACCCCGGUGGACGGCCCCCGAGGUUAUCCUAGGACUGACUGGGAAGACACUUGAGGCUGAUGUGUAUUCGCUGGCUAUGACUAUACUUGAAAUGAUGACAUGCAAGGCUCCGUGGGCCAACAUUCCAACUGAUAUAGGUGUUGUUUCUGCUGUUUUACUCCAAAAGAAGGUUCCUCCAAGGCCUACUAGCAUUGUUCGGGGUGAUUUGUGGGCCAUUCUUGUUGAUUGCUGGAAACAUGAGCAAAAUGCACGACCUGGGCCCGCUGAUAUACUAAAAAUGAAUACCAUAUCGUCUCCUAUCCCCGAACGGGAACCAAUUGCAAUUGCCUACCCGCGACCUUUCCUACUCCCCGUUCCCCCGGGACUUUCAUUGGUGGGUAAUGGCGGAGAAAUACCUGGUUCUUCCCGCUCCAAGGGCUUCAUCCGCCCCUCCUUGGCCGGCCACCACCCCCAGCCCCGGUCCCGCUUCCGCUUCCAUUUCCAUUUCCGUUUCCAUUUCCGUUUCCGCUUCCGUUUCCGCUUCCCGGGGCCUUGUGCAGCCCCAGACGUCAAUUCUCCUGGAGAACCUCUGGAAUUUAGUGAAGUAGAUUUUCUAUCCCAGGAGAACCCGGAACCAGACAUUCCAAGUCAGCGCCUACACACUACACAAAAACCGCCCAUAAGUCCUGAUAUAGGCACCUAUUCCCCCACGCCGUUUCCACCAUUCCAUCCACACGCUCUGGCGUCCCACACCCCUACUCUCGUCCCUCUAGCCGCUCCUCCCGCCGUUCCAUUCCAACCCAUUCCCAACCACCCUCUUGCAGCACAUCUCCCGCUUCGCAAGACCUGCCCAGAAUGGAACCGGAGCCGACCCUUGCCGCUCUCCUCGAGGCUAUCCAUACCCUCACCAACCAAGUUGGGUCCUUGCAGGCCCAAGUCACAUCCAAGGCCAACAGCUCGCAGAGCUCAAAACCUUAUGCAAGGAAACCAAUGA